ACAACUAAGGUAUAAACUAGGUGCCGAAUGUUAGGCUUUCUAGGUCAGGUCAAGACGUGAAGUCUGUGAACUUUGAAGUAUGGAGUUGCUAUUAAAAUGACAACAAGGGCUUCGCCGUUUCAGUAAGGACAAAGUCGGCAAGAUGACAGGGAAACUAUGGACACUGAUUCUGUUUCUGUCGUUCUUGUACUUUAUCGAAGUUGAAGGUCGAGGGGAAAUUCACCGUGCAAGACCAUCGGGGGUAGCCGCUUCAAAACAGACGGCUACGUCAACACAACCCGCUUUGGAUAAAACUUUGACGAAUAGUUACAAUAACUUUGAGACAGAAGAGGAAACCGAUGCUAGGGACUCACAGUCUCAGAAAUACUCAGAUAUUGAUAAUGAGGGAAUCUCAUCUAGGACAGAAGCAUGGGUAUAUUCUAUAAUUUCAUCAAUAUUAGUUGGGCUAAGCGGGAUAUUCCCUCUACUCGUCAUUCCGAUUGAAGCAGGGCCUUCUCUUAAACAUGGCGCUCCUGCCAAUCGUCUGAAGCUUCUGCUGAGUUUUGCAGUUGGUGGCUUGCUGGGAGACGUGUUUCUACACCUGUUACCAGAGGCUUGGGCACAUCUGGACAAAGAAGGACACGAUCAUGAUGGUCACAUAAGGGUGGGACUGUGGGUGCUAACUGGGAUCCUUGCUUUCCUGAUCAUAGAGAAAGCUUUUGCAGAAGAGGAUGAAUUUGAACAUCUUGAAGAUGAAUGCAGUGAAGCAGAAGAGGAAGAAAAAGAAGAGCAAAAAGCAAAUGAGCAGUAUGCAAAGGUUACAGCCAAUGGAAUCACAGGGAAUGAAAAAAGAUAUGAUUUACGUCACAGAAAAAAUGGAGAAGUAAUACAAAACGGCAACUCCAGUCUGUCUACAGAAAAUGGCCACAGCAAUGGGGUUGACAAAAUAGACAAUGCACAAAAAUCACUGAGUUUGAAAAAGAAAAAAGAUAGUCUUCCUGAACAGUCGCACAUAAAGGUGAUAGGAUGGUUAAACCUUGCAGCCAAUGUCAUAGACAACUUUACCCAUGGUUUGGCAGUGGCAGGAAGCUAUCUUGUCAGUCCAAAGGUUGGUUUGAUCACUACAGUGGCUAUACUGGUACACGAGAUCCCACAUGAGGUGGGGGACUUUGCCAUCUUGUUAAGGUCUGGCUUUGACAGGUGGAAGGCUGCUAAAGCACAGCUCCUCACAGCAUCUGGUGGUGUGGUUGGUGCUAUGACAGCUCUAUUGGCGGAGUCAGCAGAGACAGCUGGUAACAGCACGGCCUGGAUACUGCCCUUCACCUCUGGCGGCUUCAUCUAUAUUGCACUGGUCACAGUAGUGCCUGAUCUACUGGAAGAGAGGCAUCCAUGGGAAUCCUUGAAGCAAAUACUGUGUCUAAUAGCAGGAAUAGGAGCCAUGUUGACAGUAACAUUAGUCUGCGAAUAGAUUCAGAGAAAACGAGAUUUAUGAAAGAUAACAUGGAUUCUCUUUUGUCAAGAAAUAGGGAACAAAAACAUUCAUUAUCAGCUCAACUUUGUGAGAUAUUAUAUCCUAGUCUUCACCUUACUCUCUGUAGAUCUUUACAGUUUGUCUCAUUUUGAAUGAGGAGGAUGUUGCGAGGCUAUUAUUAUGUUUUAAACAUGAAGACUUUCUUCAAUUCUCAUUUUACAAUGAUGUUCCCACAUUGGAGUUGUCUUCCAGGAGUAAGGUCCCAUGGGGAGUUUGUUUUGUUUUAUUUUAACAAAGAAAAGAGGUGAUAUUAUAUUGUAUGUGGUAUGUAUAGUGUAUAUUGCCCAGGAAGGCAGGUUAACGAAAGUAGAAGAUUGUCCAGCAAGUAGAGACAUUAUUUUCCUGAAGAGGUGUUAAAGUUUGGCUGCCACAUCAUGGAAACAGCUAGCUCUGUAACAUAAUUUAAUUAAGCCUUACCUUCUGUCACUUUUAUGGUAAGGUCACUGCCAUGAGUGCAAUGAAAUUACAGCUGUGAUGAAAUUGGAAGAUAUAUAAAUUAUAUGUAUGUAUAAAUAGCAAGUGUUCAGACACUUUUGCCUAUUUAUUCCUUUAUUAAGUAGAUCCCACCAAGCAUACCUUUAAUUGCUUCUUUAUAAUGAGAUAUAGGGGGUGCUAUUUACCCAUUGUGGUCACAAUUUUGUCCUUUCAUAGUGGGUCAUUAAGUUCCACUUUGGUGUGCAUAGCCUGCAUCUAGCACCCUUAUCCAUGACUUCCAAGGACUGAUGCAUAAACGCACACACAUGCUUACUGAUUUGUGAUAUUUCAUGCUAGGUGGAUUUUAAAAUUUAAAACUUAAUUGGCAGAGAAGUAUAUUUUAAAUGUAAUGCAUAAUUAAGAAAAAAAUGGUUGGUGCAUAUAAAUUGUGCAAUGGUGGUAAGAUCGUAGUGGGGCAGGGAUGGGAGGGGGUUGAAAUGGCAGCUAUGUAGUUAUGGUGAUUGCUUUAAACUUAUUGGUAUAAUUUUUAUGGAGAGACUAUGCAUCUUGAUAUUCAAACUUCACUUGCAUCUGGUUGUUUAGUUAUUUUAUUAUAAUAAUCAUUUUUGGGCAAAUUUGACAAUGAAACAUCUUUUUGUAAAUGACUGAAUUCAUAAAGAGUAUUUCUGUGCUAUCUAAGAAAUAUCUUCUGUAUAAUUAUAUAAAUGAAUGAAAUGUAUAUUUUAUUUUUUAAGAGGUACUAGAAGAGAUGUGACAUAUGACUGUUGGAAAUUGCCUGUUUGAAAGUCCACACUUAUCAAGAUUUUCAUAUCUAUAAAUAUAUGAAAAACAGAAAAAAUGUGGGAGUUAUGUGCAUAACUGUUUUAUGUCACAUUUUAAUUACUGUUGAUUUCUUUCCAUUAUUGGAGGGCACUAAACUAUGAAAUGGAGGAUAAUGGAACAAGUCAAAAUUAUGAAAUUAUUACACAAAAUGUGACUGUAAUGACCCUAAAACAAUUGUGAUCAUAUUGAAUAUAUCGUACAUUAGUAAACCAGCUUUCAUGUUGAUUGUCAUGAUAUUUAUUUUUGAUCAAAAUAUUUUUAGGUGUUAAAUUUUCUAAAUGGCAGAAUACCGUUUAGCAGAUUUUGAUCUUCUUUGAAAGAAAUACAGUUCAUGGUAUUGUAAUUAUGUGCUGCUUUUGGCAAUAGUUAUUAUGCAGUAAAGCUGUUAGCUUUCCAUAUUUAAGCAUUUA